UUCGCCUCCAAAGUGUCAGAGGAGUGAGGGAAUGGUUUGUCUUGGCGUGACUUCACUGGGGAUUCUGUCUCCCACAGUCUGCAUCCUGCCUCGUCUGCGGGCUGGAAUGUCGGCCCGGGAACGCCCAUCACUGAGAUCAGUUGGACCCCCAGUCACGUGAGAGGCUGUUGGUGCCAGAGCGAACGAGUCUGAUCAACAAAGUUACCUGGAUACAGACACACUGAGCCAACGCUGCUCAGCAACACCUCACACAGGGGCAUCUGAUGUCACUUGUCACAGCACUGACAGUAGUGAGAGCGCCUUUUCUUCUGGUGAACUUUUACUGAACAAAUACUCCCUCGACAGCUGAAAAACGCUUUUCAUACUCCACUGGACUCAUCGCAGUACACACUGGUUCUUCCAAAGUACACACAAACACUCGCAGCAGGUUUUGUUUUCGUGAUCUAAAGUUGCAACAGACGACGGCUCACAGUUCCACGCUCCACAUGGACUCUUCACGGUCUGGCCCCGGGUGACUGGAGGUGACGUCAGAUGUUCGGCAUCUGCUCCUGCCGCCCGAUCAUUGGUGGAGAUCGGCGCUCGGUGACCGGAAGCUGGGCUCCAACCCCUCGCUUCUUGUCGGAGCGCUCGCAGCUGCAUCGCCCAGAACUCCCCCGGACUCUUCACUGGUCGCGUAUUUUGCAAAGAUGUUUUGGAGGAGUUGUUUGGUUUGGCUGUUGGCGCUCGCAGCUUCUGCCGCUUCCACCAGGAGAAAUGCCACCGCCAGGGGAAGAGCCUUCACCCACUGGUCACCUGACUACUCGGACUCGAUACCAGGAGAGUUCCCUGCAAAUGCUGAAACCAGCAACGACUCCUGGACUCCUAACACUACAGUCUCACCUGUGUCACGGCUCUCAGAGGAGGCCUUGGUCUUCCUCACCAGUCCUGUGUCCACCAUCCUCAUGCCGUCCUUCUACUCCUUGGUCUGCCUGAUCAGUCUACCCAUCAACUUGUUCGCCAUCGUCGCCUUCUCCCACAGAAUCAGUCCCAAGAAGCCGGCAGCCAUCUAUAUGCUGAACCUGGCGUGCGCCGACUUCCUCUUCGCCUUGCUCCUGCCCUUCCGGGUCUUCUACCAUUUCAACGGCAACGACUGGAUCUUCGGUCCCAUCGCGUGCCGUGUGAUAACGGCGGCGUUCUACUGGAACAUGUAUUGCUCCGUCCUGCUGGUCAGCUGCAUAAGUGUGGACCGUCUGCUGGCGGUGGUGUACCCCAUCGAUUCACUGGCGUGGAGGCGACCCAAGAGGGCCGUCAUGGCUUGUGUUGCCAUGUGGAUGGUCUCCCUUGGUAGCGCUGCUCCUCUCGUCUUCUCGGAGCAGACGGCUUACCUGGCGCAGUUGAACAUCACCACCUGCCACGAUGUCCAGAACCUGGCCGAUCACAACAGUUACUAUAAGAUCUACUUCAUUGUAGUCUUCUGCGCUCUCUUCUUCCUGCCCUUCCUGGUCACCUUGGUGUCGUAUUCCAGAGUGAUCUACUCUUUGAGUCGAGUUCCUCCAGGCGUUCCAGGACGCUCACGAAGAAAGACCAGAGCUCUGGUGAUGACCUUAACUGUCCUGGUCAUGUUCAUAUUGUGCUUCCUGCCCACCAACUGCCUGUUGCUGCUCCACUAUGCUCAGUUCAACGACGGCAUCCAGAGAAUCCAGGACGUCCCGGAUGGCUCCUACGCCGCCUACCUGAUUUUCCUGUGUUUGGGGAGUCUCAACUGCGCUCUGGACCCCCUGGUCUACUACUUUGGCUCAUCACAAUGUCAGAGACAGAUGACCCGCAUGGUCAAGUGUGUGAAGGCCGACGGCGACGGCAGCAGCAGCAGCGCACAGUCCUCCUCUGGUUCGUACAAACAGAGCAGGACAACGGUGAAGUCCAGAUGUAGCUCCAGCCUGAGCCCCUCUGAACGCAAGAAAGAGGCCCUACAGGGAAACAGCAGUGGUCUCUACAAGAAGCUUCUCGUCUGAUGCGGGAUCAGGGUGCACGUCCUGGCCUGACCCCAUCGUAGGGUUUACCUAAGGAGGUCACUACCAGCUUAUUCCCUUCAGUCCCUACCUGAAUGUAUGUUUCGGCAUUUUCAACUGAAUCAGAAGACUGUGGGUUGUGAUAUCAUGGAGGUCUGAAAGGCCAGCCCACACGGGUGUCUUCCUGUGGAUGGGCUCCUAGAGUGCCACAUUGUUGGGUCAUCGACUGUUCGGGUUUUGAGAUGUUUUCCCCCUGACGGGUCAAAGAUUGAAUGCCAUGUAACACCAUGGACCCUGGCACUUCGACUCAGUUGACCAAUCAAGUACUUGGACAGUCAUGAAAAGCAUCAUUCCUAGAAGGCAGGGACAAACUUAAGACGAUCAAAAUCCUGCAAUGAUUUGGACUUUUUUUAAAUCUCAAAAUGAAGGCUGGUCACAUGACUAACAUAGGAGGAUUUUUUUGCUUGAAAUAUUCAGAAAAGGCUGCAUUAACUGUGUCACCAUUGUUGUUACGGUCAGCUGUCGCGAGCUCGCUGGCAAACCAUUGCAGUAUUUUUGUGUUUGUGUCUGUGCAAAUGAAGCCUUCUAUACUAAAAGAAUUUAUGUCUUAAACGUUGUGUCUUAAUAUCCACCAAUCUUGAUUGUUUUCACAGUAGUUAGUGCCUCGGCUAUUGGCAGCAACCAGACAGCUGUCUGAAUCAGAUAAGUAGUUCGGCUCAACGACGAUUUUUAUAUCUAGCAAGUGCUGCCUUGUUUAGCUGGCUAGUGCUAGCUAGAAUGUGCUAGCAACAUUAUUGUUUCAGCCGCUGCAGAAGUGAUGGUAUUUCAAAGUUGUUCACGGUGUUUGUGCGUGAUAUUUAACGUUAGCACUUCAGAUUCACCUCACUGAUGGUGUUAGCAUUUAGCUUGUCUGUACUGUGAUACUGCCAGUGAAAUGUAUUUCAACUUGUUAGAAGGAUCAUUCUAAAUGUAACUUAAACGUCAGGUUAUGAAAGUGUACCAGUUAUGUUGCUGAGCGGUUUCUCUUCAGAUUCACAGCACAUUCCACUCCAGCAGGCAAAAUGUUUUCAGUAGUCUGCCCUCAUCCCUUUUUAACGUCUAGUUUCUCAGAAAACGUGAGAAAGAAUUGGCGGAAGUCCCUGCAUGCAGAGAUAAGAAAACAAGGCUUUUUUUCAGUGAACACUGGCCUGUUCUGUGGGAAACCGCGUCGUCACUCAACAACAUCUGAUAAGGCACUCUGUGUUGACACUUUGUCUCCUGUCGCAAUGCACAUUUAAAAAAGCUCAACAAGUUUAUUCUUAAUCCUUUUUUGAUGACAAAAUAAAUGUGAUAAAAACUAC